AGGCUGGGGUGCCGCCUCCUCUGCAACGCCGGGGCCGGAGUCUUAGAACCCAGGGCCCGUAGGGGUCCCCGCGGCUGCCGCGAUGCAGAAAUACGAGAAACUCGAGAAGAUUGGGGAAGGCACCUAUGGAACAGUAUUCAAGGCCAAAAACCGAGAGACCCAUGAGAUUGUGGCUCUGAAACGGGUGAGGCUGGAUGACGAUGAUGAGGGAGUGCCGAGCUCAGCCCUUCGGGAAAUCUGCCUACUCAAAGAGCUGAAGCACAAGAACAUCGUCAGGCUUCAUGACGUCCUGCAUAGCGACAAGAAGCUGACUUUGGUUUUUGAGUUCUGUGACCAGGACCUUAAGAAGUAUUUCGACAGCUGCAAUGGUGACCUAGAUCCUGAAAUUGUAAAGUCCUUCCUCUUCCAGCUGCUGAAAGGCCUGGGAUUCUGUCACAGCCGCAAUGUACUGCACAGGGACCUGAAGCCCCAGAACCUGCUGAUAAACAGGAACGGGGAGCUGAAAUUGGCCGAUUUUGGCUUGGCUCGAGCCUUUGGGAUCCCGGUUCGCUGUUACUCAGCUGAGGUGGUCACGCUGUGGUACCGCCCACCGGAUGUCCUCUUUGGGGCCAAGCUGUACUCCACAUCCAUCGACAUGUGGUCGGCCGGCUGCAUCUUUGCAGAGCUGGCCAACGCGGGGCGGCCUCUUUUCCCGGGCAAUGACGUAGACGACCAGUUGAAGAGAAUCUUCCGGCUUCUGGGGACACCAACCGAGGAGCAGUGGCCUGCCAUGACCAAGCUGCCAGACUAUAAGCCCUACCCGAUGUACCCGGCCACAACGUCCCUGGUGAAUGUCGUACCCAAGCUCAAUGCCACAGGGAGGGACCUUCUACAGAACCUCCUGAAAUGUAACCCCGUCCAGCGCAUCUCGGCAGAGGAAGCCCUGCAACACCCCUACUUCUCCGACUUCUGCCCCCCGUAGGCUCCAGGACCUUGGCCGGGCUGGGGCCUGGCCUAUUUAAGCCCCCUCCCGGGAGGGGAGGAAAAGCCGGGGGUGCACGGGGUGCUGAGCUCCAGCUGUGCUGGGCCCGGCCGGGGUGGGGGUGCCCCGGCCCGUGUUCUUCGCUCCCUCCGUGGACUUUAUUUAAUUUCAUAAAUUGGCUCCUUUCCCACACUCUGGCUGAUGUG